UGAAGAGGACAAUAAAUAAAAACGCAUAAAUUUUCACUUUGACUUUAUAAAUAAAGCAGAAUUUUAAUCAUUUUCGUAUAUUUUUAUUGCAAAAUACUGUGUAAAUUAUAGGCUUAAUGUGUGUGUUUUCUAAAAUCCCAAAGUGCUAAAAUUUUAAGGCGGAAAAUGCUCGAAAAUUCUUAAUAAACAUUUGACAGCCAUCUUGGUAUUUAUUGUGUUUUAUUGGAGGAGGUCUGUGAAAAAAAAGGAUCUAUAAAUUAUUAACCAGUUAAUAAUUUUGGUGAAUACAACACAACAUUUUUGUAAUAUUUACAAAUGAAUAAAGGUCAAUUGCCUGCAGACAAAUUAAUGAACCCAGAGUCAAAUGCCAAUGAUGGCUGCAAUAGAGAUGACGUAGCUGUAGCAGCAAAAAAGGAAAAAUUUCAAGAAAUGUCCACAUCGAGUGAAACAAUUCCAACGCCAACAAAUGUCGUAACACAUCCAAGCAAACCCCAUUCGCGUGGCAAAGAGGCAAUUGACAAAAAGCUAGAUGUUAAGACGACUGUACAAGAGGUAAAGAAAAAUAAUGCGGACACAGAGGAACUAUUGGGUUCGGUUACCACCUACAAUUGUCAUGGCACGCGCACUAGCGCCCGGGUUAUACAGAAAAUGCGCCAAGAUCAACAAACACGACCAAUAACCCCACCGCCCUCUGAACGUGAUGUGAGCCGCAAAGAAGAACGUUCGGCUGCACAGAAAACACCCUCCCAAGUUCGUGCCAAUCGUCCCACCUGGUCAAAUGUUGAACGUAAUCAUUUCUUUGAUGCCCUCAAUGAGUUUGGCAAAGAUUUCGAAGCCAUUGGCAAUUUUAUUAAUACGAAACUAAAGCGUCGCAGUCCCGCCACCGAUUUCUCAUUCAAGUCGAAGGAUCAAGUGCGCCAGCAUUAUUAUCAGACUUAUCAUAAAAUCUGUAAAUAUAUACGAUUUUCAGAGGAGGUACGUAAACCAGUGCAGGAACUAUAUGCCCUUAUCAACUAUGGUGAAAUGCGACGAAAACUGCAAUUUGUAACCGAUAAACAUUUUAUGAAAUUACGAAAUCUCAUUUAUCAUGGACACAUAUCUGUACGAUGUAAAGGCAAAAAUAUACGCAUUAAAACGCCAUCUUGUAAAGCCUUGAGAAGACUAAAUCAGUUAGAUGACACAUUGGAGGAUAUACGCUUGCCCUCUAAAAUAGAAGUUGUUAUUAGUCCAGCUAAUAUGGAAGCUUUUGGACGUGUUCAAACCAUUGCUCAAAAUCCGAGAUGUCGAACCACAGUGCCGUUGCAUAAGAAACUGGUAAAUUUCAUUAAAACAUUUCAGCAUAAAUGGCGCAGCAUGGAUGUAAGAAUAGCCGAUGAAGCUAAACUUAUUGCCAGCCAAGAAUCCCUCAACACUACACCUCAACAAGCAUCAGCCACAACACAUUUGAACGAUUUAAAUGUACAAGACAGUGAAAUUUGUUUCUUACCCAAACCAGGCGUAACCAUACAUCGACCUCUACUUAGUAUUACCGAGUACUUAAGUAGCGUCAAUAUAUGUUUAACGGCUUAUGAGGAACGCAUGGGUGUUACGGUCAGGGGAGAACAACUAAAUGCAGAGCGAUGUAGUGCAUCAUCGGCUCUACAAUCAGCUACCUCCAAUACAAACAUAUCAAGCGGCAACAAACGUUUGCGCACUGAAAGUGGUUCCGAGAAACGUUCACCGGAGCAAUUGAAAAGAGUGAAAGGCCUAGAUAAUUCGUAUGAAAACAUUCUAGUUACAGUGGAGGAGGCUCAAUUGUCCUCGAAUGAAAACGAUUCGUUUAACAAUGCUAAAAAUGAAAGCAGUGGUGAUGAACUAAGCGAUGAAAUACAAGAGUUACUGUCUGAUUCGAAUGAAAUUAAUAAUAGCAAAGAACAUGUGGCUGCAACAGAACCUCAAAACCCACCGCCUCCACCACCUGCUCCAGUACCAUCUAUAACUACGGCCGCCACAGAAAUUACAAGUGCAAAUUGUAUGUCACAACUAAAUACUGCGGUACGUUCUAAACGUUCGCUUGCCAGCAAAACAUCACGUUCAGUAUUCAAACCUCUGCUCAAUGACGAUGUUAUACAACGCAUACGAAGUGGCUGGACCUCUUCAAAUGCCGGCGAUAUAACAAUCGGUGAUUUGUAUGUUGUUUUUGGUCAUGAUUCCAAAUUACAAUUGGACUAUUAUUGGAUGCCCACCAAUCAGCCGACAAAGAGUGAAUCUCAAUCAUCGCUACCUAACGAACUGGCAACUAACAUUUCAAAACAAAUUAUUUUGUGUAAUUCAAAACCAUCUACCAAUACAUGUGCUAAAGAUGGUGAUGAAAGGAAUUUACAAAAUUCUGUACAAACAUCCGAUUUAAGUAAUAAACUUAAACAACUUUUGUUAAUAGCGAAUUUAAGCGAACGCAUGCGUCGUCGUCCCUGUACAUGUGAGCGUAAUAAUGCCGCCAAGGUUAAGUUUGAGAGGGACCUAACGGGUCGUACAUUUAUUGCCAAUAAAUCGUUUGGCAAUUGUGGAGUGAAUGGUUCAGCGGCCAGUGAUAGUAAUACCGGCAAUAUUUUCAGACAACCUAUGAUACCGGUGAGAAGGACAUCUAUAGAUCCGGUUAAGCAAUUGACAACGCUUACACGUCAGAAAAUGUCACGACAGGUUCUCGUACAAAGACUUUUGCUACCAAGUAAUGGUAGUGCAAACACUACGGGUCAACUGAACAGCAAUUCAACACAAACGUUAACAACAUCCAAUAACUCUGCUACAAUGUCACCCACAACAACAACAACUGCAAUAACAGCAGCACAAAGUAAAGAAGUGCCUUGGAAUCAAGCUGAUAAAUAUAAACCACAAACAACAACAGCCACAACAAUCACCACUACAACCACAUCUAAUCAAAAUACCCAAAAACAUGAUGCCUGCAAUACAUUUUUAAAUUCAUUAACACUUAACGAUUUUGAAGAAAUGCCACAAACCUCAACUUCACAUUAUCAGCAACAAUAUAGAGACUUACAGGAACCAGGUGUAGAUAAUACCGAUGGUUCAUCAUCCGGUAUACCUUCGGUGGACAGUGCGUUUGACGAAAGUUCAAACACCAGUUUCUUAAAUAGUUUGACACCUAUGCAUCUGUUAAGAGAAACUUCUUCCAAUUCUAAGUGGCUGGAGGAUAAUAUUAAUGAUUUUUCUUUGACCAGCUUAUUGGGCCAUCUAGAUGAAAUCAAUUCUAGUCGCGAUAUGCUGGAUCCUUCUUCGAAUCUUUCGGUUAUAAGCGAAAGUAGUGUGGAUUAUAUGCACAAAUUUCAGGAGAUAAAAGCCUUAUUUCAAAGUCAAGAUAAAGAUUAACAAGUGUUUUUAAAUUCCCCCAGUAAAUAGAGUAUUCUUUAUUUUUGGUAUUGUUAUAACUAAACUCAUAGAGAAAUACACAUAGACCGGAUACCAUAGAAAAUACACAUAGAGUUGAAAAUCGAACAAAAUUAACAAAGCACAUGUACUAAUAAAGUAUGUUACUAAUACAUUAGUAAACUACUAAAUUAGUAAACUAUGAAACUAAAAACAUUUUGACAUCUUAGUUACCCCUCUACAUAUGUAUUUCUCGAAGACUGAAAUUUUCAAUAUAAAUAUUUUGAAAAUUUUAAGACAUUUGCUCCACAUUUAUUUGAAGUGUAAAUUUACUAUACCGAUUUUACUAAAUUCU